CGGCCAGCGGCGCUCCACACCCCUUCCACAGCGCUGCCAGCGGCGCGAUCGCCCAAACUCCUGGGAGAGGAGACAGCCCCUGCCGCCGCCACCUCCCUCUCCUCCCCGCCCUCCUCCUCCUCCUCCCCGCCGCAAACCCCAAAUAAAAGGGGCGGGGGGCGGCAGGAUGCUCCGCUCAGCGAGGAGGUCGGCGCUGCCGCCGGCCGCCUGAUGCUGCCGCGGUUCGCCAUUGCCGGGUACGGCUCGAAGCCGGGCGGAGGGAGGCGACGGGCAGAGGCCGAGGGCCAGGCGGCAGAAGAGCGUCAGCAGCCCUCGCCUGGCACCCCCCGCGGGCCGCUGCCACCAUCCCUCCCGAUGUCCAACCGCCGGCGACUGGGGGCUCCGGGGGCCAGCUCCUGCCUCCUCUGGCUCUUUGUGUUGCUGAAGAACACAGAACCUUUCCAAGUUACUGUCCAAGAAGACAACUGCAUCAUUGUCUCCCUGGAAGCAUCUGAUGUGGUGACCUCAUCUUCUGUGUAUGUCGUGAAGAUAGCUGGAGAAUCGAAGAACUACUUUUUCCAGUUUGAGGAGUUUAACAGCACUUUACCUGCCCCUGUGGUCUUCAAUGCCAAAUACCAUGGCCUGUAUUACAUAGUAACUCUGCUGGUAGUGAACUCAAAUAUGGUUUCCAAGACAGCAAGAUCAGUCACUGUGUUAACCAAGCCCCUUCCUGUGAGCAGUGUUUCUAUCUAUGAUUAUAAACCAUCUCCAGAAACAGGAGUGUUGUUUGAGAUUCAGUACCCAGAGAAGUACAACGUUUUCACCAGGGUCAAUAUAAGCUACUGGGAAGGAAAAGACUACCGAACAAUGCUGUACAAAGAUUUCUUUAAAGGCAAAACAGUCUUCAAUCACUGGCUGCCAGGUAUAUGCUACAGCAACAUCACCUUUCAGCUGGUGUCAGAAGCAACCUUCAACAAAAGCACGCUAGUGGAGUACAGUGGGGUCCAGCAUGAGCCCAAGCAGCACAGAACAGUUCCUUACCCACCUCGAAACAUUUCUGUUCAGAUUGUACCAAUCAACAGAAAUAACUGGGAAGAGCACAGUGGGAAUUUUGCAGAAGAAUCUUUCCUGGGUCCACAAGAAAUCAUCAGGAAAGAAAAACUUAGCCAUUCUCCUGACAACCUAGAUGAAACUCCAGCAGUGAACACAUCUGCAGCCUGGCAGGACUACCGCUACAACACCACUGAGGAUGAAACCACCCCACAGCCAUACUGGUGGCCAAACGAGGCAGAGUCAUCAGAGGCUGAAGAGGAGUUUGUCAAGGCAGUUUCAAGGGAUUACGAAGCCAAAGGUGUCAACACAUCUGAAAAACUCACACCAGAGACCCCUGCUUUCCUUCCUGUACAGAUGGUGCUGACCUGGUUACCACCAAAGCCACCGACUGCCUUUGAUGGUUUCCAUAUCAAUAUUGAAAGGGAAGAGAACUCCACAGAAUUCCUGACAGUAAGUGAAGACACUCACAAAUUUGUUGCUGAGCUGAAGGAACCAGGAAAAUAUAAGCUGGCUGUAACAACCUUUAGCUCCUCUGGCUCCUGUGAAGUUCGGGGCAGUCAAUCAGCCAAAACACUUAGCUUUUACAUCAGCCCCACAGGAGAAUGGAUAGAAGAGCUCACUGAAAAGCCCCAGCAUGUGACUGUGACAGUGCUAAGCUCCACUACAGCCCUGACAUCCUGGACUGCACCACAAGAGAGUGGUGGGAACAGCACCAUCGUGUCUGUGGUCUCCCUCACCUGUCAGAAGCAAAAGGAAAGCCAAAGACUUGAAAAACAUUACUGUACUGAGGUGAAUUCAAGCAGCAGCCUCAUUGAAAAUCUUGUUCCUGGUGCCCAGUACCAAGUUGUGGUUUACUUACGCAAAGGACCAUUGGUUGGACCACCUUCUGAUCCUGUUACCUUUUCCAUUGUGCCCACUGGAAUAAAAGACUUGACGCUUUACCCUUUGGGACCCACUGCUGUUGUUUUGAGCUGGAACAGGCCAUUCCUUGGAGUGUUCAGGAAAUAUGUUGUAGAAAUGUUCUACUUCAACCCAUCAACGAUGACCUCUGAGUGGACAACCUACUAUGAAAUAGCAGCAACUGUCUCCUUAACUGCCUCUGUGAGAAUAGCUAACCUGCUGCCUGCCUGGUAUUACAAUUUCCGGGUCACCAUGGUGACUUGGGGGGACCCAGAGCUGAGCUGCUGUGACAGCUCCACCAUCAGCUUCAUAACAGCACCAGUGGCACCUGAGAUUACUUCCAUAGAAUAUUACAACCACCUCCUGUACGUCACCUGGACCUAUGGAGGAGAUGGUACUGACCUGUCUCAUUCCAGGAUGCUGCACUGGAUGGUCAUUGCAGAAGGAAAGAAGAAAAUCAAGAAGAGUGUAACACGCAGUGUGAUGACUGCAGUGCUGAGCUUGCCUCCGGGGGACAUCUACAACCUCUCGGUGACUGCUUGCACUGAAAGAGGCAGCAACACUUCCCUGCUCCGCCUUGUGAAACUGGAACCAGCUCCUCCAAAAUCACUGUUUGCUGUCAACAAAACUCAGACCUCUGUGACUCUGCUGUGGGUGGAAGAAGGAGUGGCUGAUUUUUUUGAAGUCUACUGCCAGCAGGCUGGAUCUGGUCAGGAAAUACAAGUCCAGGAGCCUGUCACUGUCUCUUCACACGUAGUGACCAUUUCCAGCCUGACCCCUGCCACCUUCUACAACUGCAGUGUGACCACCUUCAGCCACAACAGCCCCAGCGUCCCCACCUUCAUCGCCGUUUCCACCAUGGUCACUGAGAUGAACCCCAACGUAGUGGUAAUCUCUGUGUUAGCCAUCCUGAGCAUCCUUCUGAUUGGACUGCUACUGGUGACUCUCGUUGUGCUCAGGAGAAAACAUCUCCAAAUGGCCAGGGAAUGUGGAGCUGGAACCUUCGUCAACUUUGCAUCUUUAGAGAGAGAUGGAAAGCUUCCCUACAACUGGCGUAGAAGUGUAUUUGCUUUCCUAACUCUGCUACCCUCAUGCCUUUGGACUGAUUAUCUUUUGGCAUUUUAUAUUAAUCCUUGGAGUAAAAAUGGAAUAAAGAAAAGAAAGCUGACCAACCCUGUGCAGCUGGAUGACUUUGAUGGCUACAUCAAGGAUAUGGCCAAAGACUCAGAUUACAAAUUCUCUCUGCAGUUUGAGGAGCUAAAGCUGAUUGGGCUUGACAUCCCCCACUUUGCUGCUGACCUCCCUGUGAACCGCUGUAAAAACCGCUACACGAAUAUCCUGCCCUAUGAUUUCAGUCGUGUCCGACUGGUUUCAAUGAACGAAGAGGAAGGUUCUGACUACAUAAAUGCCAACUACAUUCCUGGUUACAAUUCACCCCAGGAAUACAUUGCAACCCAAGGACCACUGCCAGAAACUAGGAAUGAUUUUUGGAAGAUGGUUCUCCAGCAGAAGUCUCAAGUUACUGUUAUGCUCACCCAGUGUAACGAGAAAAGAAGGGUGAAAUGUGACCAUUAUUGGCCUUUCACAGAAGACCCUGUUGCCUAUGGGGACAUCACAGUGGAGAUGCUGUCAGAAGAGGAGCACACAGACUGGGUCUAUAGGAAUUUCCGAAUCAGCUACGCUGAUGAGGUGCAAGAUGUGAUGCAUUUCAACUACACUGCCUGGCCAGAUCACGGUGUCCCCACAGCCAAUGCUGCUGAAAGCAUCCUUCAGUUUGUGCAGACGGUGAGGCAGAAAGCAUCAAAGAGUAAAGGCCCCAUGAUCAUACACUGCAGUGCUGGAGUGGGACGAACAGGAACCUUCAUAGCCCUGGACCGGCUCCUGCAGCACAUUCGUGACCAUGAGUUCGUGGAUGUAUUGGGCCUGGUGUCUGACAUGAGGUCCUACAGGAUGUCCAUGGUGCAGACAGAGGAGCAAUACAUUUUUAUUCACCAGUGUGUGCAGCUGAUGUGGCAAAAGAAGAAGCAGCAGUUCUGCAUCAGCGAUGUCAUAUAUGAGAACGUCAGCAAGUCCUAGUUCAGUCUCACAGGUGGUGAGGCCACGAAGCACACCCACCUUCCCUUGCUUCUGAUUUCUUUUUUCCUCCUGGUGGUUUGAACAGGCAGUUGUUCUGCCACGAGAGACCACUGCUUUGCAGCAAUGAAAGGAAGGAAGCUGGAAACUUCCCGAAGCACCGGGGGAGAAAAAGCCUUAACGAGCCUGCGGUGUCUUUUGAACUGUUUCACUUCUGGACAUCUUUUUUAAAACACUGGACCAAAUUCAAACUGAAUGACAUGAAGGCAAAGACACUACAUGGGCAGAAAAUAGAUUGCUCCCAGAGCCAUGGGCUUUUGUUUGGCACUUUUGGUUCAUUUCAGUCUUUCUUUUUUUUUUUCUGUGCAGGUUGGGCUUAAGGUUGAAGUUAAGUGCAAUAUUUUUUUAAUGGUUGACUGAAGAGCUUUCUUCAUGUGUCACUUGGUCUGUGCUAAUGUCCAUAGGAGAGCAGGCAUUGUUAGCAUCUAAUAAUACCUCAGUAGUGAAUAGCAAGGCAUGAACAUACAUGAAGAAAUCCGGAGGUUGUGAAAAGGGGAGGUGGGAGGGGGAUGUUGCUGGGCACACGGAUUUGAGGGUUUCCUACAGCACUGAUGUACCUGGGGUCUGGGGAGAGCACAGGACCCAAGGAACGGACUGACAAGCAGAAAUCCAAACCAUGCAGCCUGAAGCUGAAGCAGCAGCCAACACUGGCGGGUGGGGUGGGGUCUUUACCGUGUUACUAAACACUAAGGAUUGCUCUUUUGGCCAACUUCUCCAGGCUUUUGUUUUUAAUGAAGCUGAUCAAAGUGCAGUUGAGUUUCAAGCUGGGGCAUCUUAGACUCCAUUAUCAUAGCAUUUAACUGCCCGAGCAGUCUGUGGUGCCUAUACCUCUCAUUUGUUAGUUCUUUGUAAUAAGAUUAACCCUGUGUGAAAACGUGAAGCUGACUCAGGCUGGGGAGGUGGAACAAGACUCAAAGGUGCUUUAUUGGCUGGCACCAUUGCUCUGGGCCAGGAAUUCACCAGGUAACAAACAACAAGGUUUUGGCACAUGAAGGGCUGGUUGUUGCUUUAUUGCUACAGGGCUGCCAAAGCAUUGGUAUGGAUUCCUGCAGGGGCUUUGGGACUGGGGGUCGGGGGCUGGGGGGUGGUCUUUUUCACUGUCAGUUUCAGUUCUAGUCAGAAUAAUUAGCUCUCUGUUUCUCUUUUUUGGCUCUUUGUAUAAUCCCGGUACUUCAUUGUGUAUUGUGACAUGGAUGCUGUCAGAACGGAUGCUGAUGGCACUUUUGUAACCUGUUGCUUUGUGUCACCUCGUUGGAAGUUAGCAGCAAUGGUACUCGAUGUAAACAAAACAAACUGGAACUAGAAGUAAACAGCCUGGAUUGCUUCCCUGUGAAGAAGUCGCUGUCAGCAGAACAGCACACCCGCAUCUGCUUUUCUGUUCAUCCACCCCGCAAACUGCUGCUGCCUGGGGUUACCUGCCUGUAUUUCAGUAGCUCGACUGCUUCCAGGAGCCUGAUAACCUCCUUCAGGUGAUAUCUGAACAUUGUUUUCUUCCAAGGAGUUAUUCCACUGGCAGGUAAAUAGGUGCACAUUCCUUUAUUAUCUGCUUCGGCAUCAGAUGGCUUACAGUGGAAAACCUCCUGCAGGCUCUCCCACCUCUGUUAUGCAAAGCGGCAGAGACUUGACGUAAUCCCCCAAAUAAAAGAGGUCCUUGUGAAGGGUACUGAAGAAA